AGGAAAUCCGCGUCUUUUGAAACCCCUUUCGCUUGCGCGCGUGGCCUAGGUUUAUGGAUAAACAGGCGAAUCCAAACUUGCUUCCCCCGAAAGAAGUGUCUAUUUUCAAGCGUAUCGUGAAGUAUUAUGACCAGAAGCAGUACAAAAAUGGUCUGAAGUUCACUAAACAGAUCCUCGGGAACCCGAAGUUUGCUGAACAUGGGGGUAAAACCCUGGCAAUGAAAGGAAUAUUGUUGAACUGCCUGGGUAAAAAAGAAGAGGCGCGCGAGUACGUGAAACGUGGUCUCAAGGCUAAUAUUUCGAGUUUUGUGUGCUGGCACAUAUAUGGGCUGAUUCAAAAGUCCGACAGGAAGUAUGACGAAGCUAUUAAAUGUUAUCUUCAAGCAUUACGCCUGGAUCCGGAAAAUCUGCAGGUGCUCAGGGACCUUUCCGUUUUACAAAUGCAGCUGAGAAAUUAUGAGGGGUGCAAGGACACGCGAUACAAACUUCUGAUGCUUAGGCCAAGUCAGAGAGCUUCUUGGAUCGGCUAUGCAUUAAUACAUCAUCUGCUUGGGAAUUACGAUACGGCAUUAAUGGUUUUAAACGAAUUCAGGAAGGGCCAGGGAGAACCUGGUGCCGGAUACGAAACCAGCGAGUUGCUGCUGUAUCAGGCAAUGGUACUGAUGGAGGCUGGCAAGCACGAGGCUGCCCUGAAACAUCUAGAGGACUCUGCGAAUGAGAUUGUAGACAAAACCUCUCUGCUGGAGAUGAAAGCACAGCUUUUGUUAUCUACGGGAAACUUGACGGGCGCAAAGGAGUGCAUAUGGAAACUAGUCGACCGCAACCCGGAAAAUCAUUUGUACUUGGACUUAUUGUGCAAGGCGAGCGGAUGUACUGACACGGAGUCCGCUGAAGGCAAAUCAGUGUGCAAGGUUACUUUUGACGAAGUACUUGCGAAGUAUCCUAGAUCACGACUGGCUCGAAGAUUGUUGCUCGACUUGUACUCAGGCGAGGAGUUCGUGAAUCAUCUUGAUGUUUAUUUGCGGUACCAUCUGCGAAGAGGAGCUCCUCCAUUAUUUGUACAGCUUAUGGGUCUAUGGUCAAAUGAUGAAAAGUUCAAAACGCUGGGUCAGUUGCUCGCUAAGUACAGAAGCACUAUGUCUCUUUGUCACUCUCUCCAUUCUCCGGACGACCCCGAACCUCCAUCUACAGACAUUUGGUUGAACUUUCUUCAGGCCCAAUUCCUCAACCAUAAAGGUCAAUACCAGGAUGCCCUCGAUGUGAUUGACUCCCAACUGAUGUCUACUCCAACGUUGGUUGACUUCUACGUCCUAAAAGCUGACGUGUACAGUGCAGCCGGUGAUGUGAUUACAGCGAGUCGAUGGAUGGAGGAAGCCCAAUCAUUAGAUACUGCUGACCGCUACAUAAAUGCUCGUUGUACAAACUUGAUGGUGCAGGCGCAUCGCCUUACAGAUGCCGUAUCGAUGGCCUCCAAGUUUACCCGAGGAAAUACGUCGGCAGCGGAUUACUUGUCGGAGAUGCAAUGCAUGUGGUUUCUAAUAGAAAAUGCCCGUGCACUGAAAACAAUGGGUAAAUUUGGCGAAGCCUUAAAGCUUUGUCAUGAAAUAGAACAGCACUACCGAAACAUCCUAGAUGACCAGUUGGACUUUCAUUCGUACUGCCUCCGGAAAGGGACCCUCAGAGCUUAUAUUGAAACACUAAGACUGGAGGACCGAUUACGCGAUCAUCCUUCCUAUUUCGAAGCUGCUCAGUUGGCCAUAUACUUGCACUUGACUGUCCGGCCCUUGGGAGCAGAGACUGACCGUAGCGCUGGCGAGCAAGACUUAUCCACGCCGGAGGCAAAGAAAAUGCGCAACAAACAGCGAAAGGCCGCACGGCGCGCGGAAGCCGAGGCUGCACGCGCCCGUGCGGAACAAGAGCGACGAGAACAGGCCAUCAGAUCUCGGCAACCGGCUACGGAUGAAGCUGAUCCAGAUCGCGCAGUCACCACAGACAGUGGGUUAGAUCCACAGGUCCUCGCUCGACCUGCUGAUCCUCUCGAAGAAGCUUGCAAGUUUUUGAGACCACUUCUCGAUUUGGCUCCGAAACGAAUUGAAUUGCAUUGUUUGGCUUACGAAGUGUACGAACAUAAGAAGAAACUGUUGCUCAUGCUACGGUCUAUCAAACAUGGUAGUCGUAUUCCCGGUUCGGCCGAUCAUCCCUGGUUCCACGAAUGUUGUGUCCGAUUCCUUGUACAGUUGGACUCGUAUUCAGAGAUGUUCAAUAAAGCGCCAGACUCAUAUGUACAUAAGGUACUCAGCACUGAGGUUCCUUUGCUAUUCCCUGGUUGGCCGACUGCUGCUAACUCCAUGCCAAGUGCUUUCAACGAAGCUUUUCAAAAACGCAAUGCUACCAGUUACUCACAUGUGUUCAGGGCCACUUUGCUUCGCUGUCUGACCAACCCCGGUGAACGCAAAACACAUCUCUCUCAACUGCCCUUGCCAACAGACGGAUCAUUUAGCCCUUCUUGGAAGGUUUGUGCGGAUGCGUUGAACUUACUGAAGACUGCCUAUACCACCUCCCUCGGCGAAGUUGACGCAUCAGUAAUAGAAAAUUACCGAGCACUAUGCGCGCAGCAAUUUCCUAUGGCUAACACUUUCAAGACGGACACUGAACUCGAGGAGUUGCGUACAAAGGCCGUAGAAGAGGCAAAUGCAACAGCAGUGUGUGGGCUCUACACUUCCUACACUGGAACUGAUUUGAAAGAGCAUAAGUACGAUGUGGCCCCGGACAGCGCAGACGUGGUGGAGCCCCUAAAAAAGAUGCAGCUUGGCGAUGCACAGCUGGUGAAUGGAGAAAUGUCAGGAGACGCUUCAGAUCCCGACUGCCCUUGUGAAGCGCCAUCUGUGAAAUUGUCCAAGGCCAAUGUCUCUGCCCUCAAACCCCUGAGUGGCCAAACGACUUCCGCAUUGUAAUUAAGUCCUUUUCAGACUAGGUUUUUUACUUGCUAUUUUCCACGACAUGGCGAAGAGAGUAGAGUGUGUACACAACUCUGCAGCACCACUUUAUUCCGGCUGCUCUCAUCGCUACAUGUCGUUGUGCCUGAUCUGAUACCAGACUUACACCCAUCCCAUCGUUUCAUGCUUCAUUUUAGUGGACUUUCUGGCGCUGAUUAAGAAAGGGAAAAAUUGGGUCCAAAAGUCACUAGUUCGUUGCGUUCACACAUACUACCAGUUCUCUGACUAUUGCCUUGGCCCUUUUCGAUUAUUCGAAGAAACCCCCAAAUCUCCCCAUAAAUAUGGCGUUUAUAUUUAGUGCCUGUAUCCCAUAACAGGCACCGCCAGAGGGAUAAUGCCUCUUCAGCCUAGCAUUCACGACGCUCUUGUACUCUCCUGUGAUUAACAAUCUUCCGCUGUUGCCGCCGCUUACAAUGCGCAUGUUACAGUCAUCUGGUUCAGUGAAUAGUAAGAUGGCAGUUUCUUG